UGCUGGUCUCAAUCAACUCGAUAAGCCGACCUGCAUCUUUGUCGAUCAACAACAGACUGUCUACGCGUCAGACUACUACAGUAAUCGUGCGAGGAAAUGGAAUAAAGGUGCAAAAGAAGGAAUUGUCGUCGCUGGAGGUCAAGGCUAUUGGAAUGCUCUGACACAAUUGCAUUAUCCUAAUGGACUGUUCGUCGAUACGUUGGGUACUGUCUAUGUGGUAGAUACGGCAAAUGAUCGAGUGAUGCGUUGGCCUAUAGGAGCGAAACAAGGCAUUGUUAUUGUGGGUGGAAAUGGUGAAGGAGCAGAAGCAAAUCAGUUCAAGCUUCCCAUUGGUUUGUCCUUCGAUCGACAAGGCAAUCUCUAUGUCGUCGAUUGUUACAAUAAUCGUGUUCAACGAUUUUCAAUCGAAAGAACUCAAAACGAUGGAUUUUUUUCUUUCCUUUCAAAUAAAUUUACGUGGAAUUGA